GUCCCUGGGUCGGUCUGUCCUGCGGAGAGCAAUCCCUGUCCAUCGGUCCGCGCUCUGCCCGCCCGCCGCGCAUCUGCCCUUCUCUUUUGACUCCGCCCCGCAUCUGUCCGGAACCGCCUGGCGUCUGAGCUGACCCAGUGCGCGUCUGCCAGUCAGUCCCUCCGGAUCUGCCGCGAGCCUCAGGCUGCCGAAAUCACCGCGCUUCACUCGCCUCAACAGUGAUUCUGAGUCUGCUUUUAGCUUCCUUCGCCUUGGCUUUUUUUCUGUUUGUGAACAGCUGCUUGGCCCAUAGCUUAGAGAAAGCAGCCUUUUUUCUCUCCCAAGAGUCUCCUCCCUCUACUCAGAGAGAUGGGGAGUGGGGAGCCUAAUCCUGCUGGUAGGAAAAAGAAGUACCUCAAGGCUGCCCUUUACGUGGGUGACUUGGACCCAGAUGUCACCGAGGACAUGUUAUAUAAAAAGUUCAGGCCUGCUGGCCCUCUGCGCUUCACCCGAAUCUGCCGUGACCCGGUGACCCGCAGCCCCCUGGGCUAUGGCUAUGUUAACUUCCGCUUUCCUGCGGAUGCCGAGUGGGCCCUGAACACCAUGAAUUUUGAUUUGAUUAAUGGCAAACCAUUCCGCCUCAUGUGGUCUCAGCCAGAUGACCGCUUAAGAAAGUCUGGAGUUGGAAAUAUAUUCAUCAAAAAUCUGGACAAAUCCAUAGACAAUAGGGCCCUUUUUUAUUUAUUUUCUGCUUUUGGGAACAUUCUCUCCUGCAAAGUCGUAUGUGAUGACAAUGGCUCCAAGGGUUAUGCCUAUGUGCACUUUGACAGCCUGGCCGCUGCCAAUAGGGCCAUCUGGCACAUGAAUGGAGUGCGGCUCAACAACCGCCAGGUGUAUGUUGGCCGAUUCAAAUUUCCGGAAGAGCGGGCAGCUGAAGUCAGAACCAGGGAUAGAGCAACUUUCACCAAUGUUUUCGUAAAAAAUUUUGGAGAUGACAUGGAUGACGAAAAACUGAAGGAAAUUUUCAGUGAAUAUGGGUCAACUGAGAGUGUCAAGGUGAUAAGAGAUGCCAGUGGGAAAUCUAAAGGCUUUGGAUUUGUGAGAUAUGAGACACAUGAGGCUGCCCAAAAGGCUGUGUUAGACCUACAUGGAAAGUCCAUGGACGGAAAGGUCCUAUAUGUAGGGCGAGCACAGAAGAAAAUUGAACGUCUGGCUGAGUUAAGGCGAAGAUUUGAACGGCUGAGAUUAAAAGAAAAAAGUCGGCCUCCAGGAGUGCCUAUCUAUGUUAAGAACCUGGAUGAGACCAUUGAUGAUGAAAAACUGAAGGAGGAAUUUUCUUCCUUUGGAUCAAUUAGCCGGGCCAAAGUGAUGGUGGAAGUGGGGCAAGGCAAAGGAUUUGGUGUCGUUUGCUUCUCUUCUUUUGAAGAGGCUACCAAAGCAGUGGAUGAGAUGAAUGGUCGCAUAGUGGGCUCCAAGCCUCUGCAUGUCACCCUGGGCCAGGCCAGGCGUAGGUGGUGAGAAUAAGAAUGCUCAGUUUGUUUCAGCCUUAAGCUGGUGCCUGCUUAGUUUGGGCUAUUUUGUGAUAAGAAGUUAUUUUAUGCCAAUUCACAGGUUUUUUUAAGUGAGUACUUUCUUUUGAAAAAAAGUGAAACUAGAAAACCUUGUUCAUUUUAGUGAAGAACAUAAUUUCCAAUUGUAAAACUGUCAUUUUGUACUAUUUUUUGAUAUAAUAUCUAUAGGAAUAUGUAGAAUAAAGUCUAUUCCUCCACAUGUUUUUUUUUUCUUAAACCUGUCAAGGUGAGGUAAUUGAGUAUAUUUUCUUCCUUAUUUCAAUAAUACUACUAAAUUUAAUUUCUUCUGUGAAAUAUUCUUGAAAUGGUCCUUACUUCUGAGUCUCACAGAGUGAAAAAUUCUAACUUGCUUUUUGAGAAAUCAAUAAAGCAGGGAAAAAUAUAUGUGAUCCAAUUAACAUUUGUGCAUAAUUUCACUUUAAAUUAUUAUUUAAAAUGAAUAUUCUUUUGAAAAGAUGUGAGCUUUCUUUUUUCCCUUUAUUUAUUUAUGUUUUGUCCUUUUUUAAUAUAUUGUGGGCGUACCACAGACUUGAUAGUGGCUUUGACUAAGUUUUGGGAGUUUUCUUUAUUAACUUCAUGCCCAGAGAAAUAAGCAUAUUGGUAUUUUCUCAAUCAGUAUCUUAGAAAAUUAACACUUUAGGCAUUGAUUAUUUAAAUUAUGAGUUUCAUAUUAAAAACUUUUCCUGAGAUUUGAUAUUUGAGAACAGUCUAAGGAGCAUUUUUACCAUUCAUUUUUCUAAACUCCUUAGAUCCAAGUAUCUACGCAUACUUGGAUCAUGUUAAAUUGACAAGAAAGAUGAAUAACUGCACUGAAUUGCCUUUACCUAUAGACAAUUUUAAAAUUUUACCUUCAGCCUUUAUUGUGUCAAUAUAAAAGGUAAAUAAUGCAUAUAAUGAUGUUGAAAGACUACUUUGAAGAACAUCUUUUAAACUUGUCAUCUCUUGU